CUCCUUCCUCGCUCAGAUUUAGGGUUCAAAAUCCCCAAACACUACAGGGUUCACGAUUUUCUUCCUCUCUCGUUUGGAUUUUUUUAUUUUUUUGGGGAAUUUGGGGGCCUCUCUAUCGACGCGUGGAGUUUAUCGAUAGGCGCGUGAAGGUCACACCCCACCCGAUUAAUGGUUUCCACCUCAUUGGCAUUGAGGAUUUCGAAUUCCGUACGUCCAUGGCGUCCGCCGUCCUAGCCAGAACCACCAGCACCACCAACAGAGCAGGCGGAGGAUUCAUGGGCAAAGUCCCUAUCUCAAACCCUAAUCCUAAUUUCACCACCAAAAAACGACAGCAGCAACAACAACAACAACAAUUCCAUCCAAUUGGCAGUAAAAUCAUCAUAGACGAGUCCCCGGCAGUGAUCCAAUCGGCCGCCUCCGACGAUGCCUCGUCGAUCAGCCACCGAAGACACACCACUGCCAGUACCGAAUCGAACAAUCUUCAAUGCGUAAACUUUAAUAUUGCAUCCUUUUCGAAGAAGCAGCUCGGUGAGCUCAAGGUCCGUCUUGCCGCCGAGCUGAACCAGAUUCGCCAACUCAGACACCGCCUCGAAUUCCCCUCAAUACCUAAUCAAACCCAUGCGCAGCCACCUUCGAAGAAAUCGAAGAAAUUGUCGGGCAAGAAGCGGCCCUUACCAGAAAACACGAAUAAGAAAAUCCAGAAACCAAACCCCAAUUCGAUUUUAUCAAAUGCGAACAGGAAUAUGAACCUGAUGGUGAUGAAGGCGUGCAAGGACGUACUGACGAAGCUGAGAAAGCACAAGAACGGAUGGUUCAACGAGCCAGUGGACGUGGCGGGCAUGGGGCUUCACGAUUACUACGACAUAAUCAAGCAGCCGAUGGACUUGGGGACCGUCAAGUCCAGGCUCUCCAGGAAUCUCUAUCAAUCUCCGUUGGAUUUCGCCGCCGAUGUGAGGUUGACCUUCACCAACGCCAUAACCUACAAUCCCAAAGGCCACACCGUGCACGCCAUGGCUGAGCAGCUACUUUCCAGGUUUGAGGAGUUGUUUCGCCCCGUCGACGAGCAAAUCGAGCAGCCCGAUGAAGAAUAUGGAGAAAAAGGGGUCUUCAAUGCGGAGGAAGAAUUGGAAGCGAGCGAUAAUAAUAACCCUAAUUCGAUGCAAUUUGCUAAGAGAUCGGAGCGGACAUAUAUCGAAGACAAGGUUUCGGAUCAUUCAGAACCGUUGCAGGGAAACCACGCGAGCUCAUCGAAUCAGCCGAUGGUGCAGUCUCCGAUGAAAGCACCACCGGUAAAGCCAGUGAAGCAGCCGAAGCCCAAGGCGAAGGACCCCGACAAGAGGGAAAUGAGCCUGGAGGAGAAGCACAAGCUGGGAAUUGGGUUGCAGAGCCUGCCUCCGGAGAAAAUGGAGCAGGUGGUGCAGAUCAUAAGGAAGAGAAACGGGCAUUUGAAGCAGGAUGGGGAUGAGAUAGAGCUUGAUAUCGAGGCCGUCGACACCGAGACGCUUUGGGAGCUCGAUCGCCUCGUCACCAAUUGGAAGAAGAUGGUCAGCAAGAUCAAGCGCCAAGCUCUCAUGGGCAACUACGCCAAAACCAAUGGGGAGUUACCUGUGAGUAGUGAGAAGAAUGAAGCCGUGGCUAUCGAGGUGAAGAAGCCGAAGAAAGGAGGGGAGGCUGGGGAGGAAGAUGUUGACAUUGGGGACGAGAUGCCUAUGAGCAAUUUUCCGCCAGUGGAGAUUGAGAAAGAUGUUGGAGGUCACGGGAGUAGUAGUAGUUCUAGCAGCUCUAGCAGCUCAGACAGUGAUUCGUCCUCGUCGAGUGAUUCGGAUUCAGGGAGUUCUUCUAGGAGUGAUUCGGAUGCCGAUAAUGCAGAGUCUUGAGGCCAUCUAAUU